GAAAGGUCAUACCGGAUAUGGAUGUUUGUACAGAUGUUAAUUGUUUGACCGAAUCAGCGUCUCUUCACAGGCUGGCCAGUGGUCAAAUCAGGGCUCUUUGACACGUAUUACAUGCAAGAUGGCAGAGCAGCAUGCCAAGCCCAAAGUCAGCCAGUGUGUGGCUGCAGAGCUGAUGAAAAAACACUACAACCUGACUCCCUCAGAAAUGCGCUAUCUGCCCAGCUACGAUGACCAGAACUUCUAUGUUGCGACCGUCGAAGGGGGCCAGUACGUGUUGAAGAUUAUGAAUUCGGAGGACAGCAAGGACCCCACCCUGUCAGAACUGCAGACUUACGCCAUGGCCUUCAUGCAUGAGAAUGGACUUCCUACCCAAACAGCUCUGAGGACAACCACGGGACAGGACAUGUUCCUGGAAGACAUGGAUUGUGGCUAUGGCUUACAGAAGUACUUGGUGCGCCUGUUGACUUAUUUGCCCGGAAUCCCUAUUUCCAAGGUUCCUUUGUCACCACAGCUACUUCAUAAAGUAGGCCAGACGGCAGCCAGAGUUGACAACAUCCUCAAAGAGAUGAAACAUCCUCAACUUUCAGUGCUGCAGAGGGAAGGGUUUAUAUGGAAUUUGUCAAAUAUUCUCCAUCUGGAGAAAUACAUGCACGCCCUCAAUGGAGACCCUCUCCAGGAGGUUGUGAAGUCUGUCCUCCAUCAGUACAAGACCUUCGUAGUCCCAAAAUAUGCAAGUUUCCGCAAGUGCCUUAUUCACGGGGACUUGAACGAUCUUAAUCUGCUUGUGCAAGCUAAUGAGAGUAAUGGCCACAGGAUUUCUGGUAUCAUUGACUUUGGGGACAUGAACAUCAGUUAUUAUGUCCAUGAGCUGGCCAUCGCCAUCAUGUACAUGAUGCUGGAGCACCCCGAGCCCCUUGAGGUGGGUGGACCGAUCCUAGCGGGCUGGGAAAGCAUCUUUCCGCUCAACGAGGCCGAGAAAGAUUGUCUCUUUUGGUUGGUGUUGUCACGCUUCUGCCAGUCGUUGGUGCUGGCUCGUUAUUCUGUGACUCUGCACCCAGAAAACGAGGAGUAUUUAAUGAUUUCAUCGAAGAAAGGGAUUACGAUUUUACGUCGACUGUUGGAGGUGGGAAAAGAGCAAGUGGAAAAAAUCUGGUUCCAGACAGCUAUGCAGUUCAAAGAACGAAAGUAAAGAAAAUGAAAAAAGGUUUGAUCCUAAGACAUUUAGAAACAUAAUACCGUAUUUUUCGGACUAUAAGUCGCUCCGGAGUAUAAGUCGCACCGGCCGAAAAUGCAUAAUAAAGAAGGAAAAAAACAUAUAUAAGUCGCAUUUUCGGGGGAAAUUUAUUUGAUAAAACCCAACACCAAGAAUAGACAUUUGAAAGGCAAUUAAAAAUAAAUAAAGAAUAGUGAACAGGCUGAAUAAGUGUACGUUAUAUGAGGCAUAAAUAACCAACUGAGAACGUGCCUGGUAUGUUAACGUAACAUAUUAUGGUAAGAGUCAUUCAAAUAACUAUAACAUAUAGAACAUGCUAUACGUUUACCAAACAAUCUGUCACUCCUAAUUGCUAAAUCCCAUGAAAUCUUAUACGUCUAGUCUCUUACGUGAAUGAGCUAAAUAAUAUUAUUUGAUAUUUUACGAUAAUUUCACACAUAAGUCGCUCCUGACUAUAAGUCGCACCCUUGGCUAAACUAUGAAAAAAACUGGUGGGUGGAACAAGUACUGUACAUUAAUUUAACUAAAUUUGACAAUAACAAUCAUAGAAAUAGAUCAAAUUCGCUUUUGUCAGGACCUUUGACGAUGGCCUAUCAAGAGAAAAACACUGAUUUAGAUGAUCAUGGCUUACAGUUUUUGAAAACUCCACAUUUUCUGAGAUUUUGAGGUUUUCAUAAGAUAGAUGUAAGCCAUAAUCAUCAAAACUAUAUAACAAGAAGGCUUGAAAUAGCUUGAGUUGCAUGUUAUGAGAAUAUAAUUAUUUAGCACACGCAAUGUGAUUUAUCAACACUCAUCACCAUUUUGCAAGCACUAUUUUGUGUUUUAUUUAGCACCUGUGGGAAAAACAUACAAACUGACAGUUUCACAUAUAUUAGUUUCGCCCUGUAAAUCAAAUUGCUGGAAUAAACGAACCUUUGCAGGAUAUUACAAUUUUUAUUUGUAAUGCCGAUCUUGAAGCCCACUAGACCAGGGGUGUCGAACUCUUUUUCAUGGAAGGGCCACAUCGCAGUUAUUGCUGCCCUCCUCCGAGGGCCGCUUGUAACAGUGAAUAUGUGAAUUUUACUCUAUAAUCGUCUAACGAUGUUUUUACACAGUUGAUUAUGCAUUUGAUUAUCAUGUUUUAUACAUACAAAUUGAUGGCUAACUUUCUUUAAAAUCAUAAGUCACAGUGUCAAGCAGAUAAUUCAGUAUUUACUUUAACAAUAGUUUGGGAUAUAUGAUAAUUAGAGAUGUCCGAUAAUGGCUUUUUUGCCGAUAUUGUCCAACUCUUAAUUACCGAUUCCGAUAUCAACCGAUACCGAUAUAUACAGUCGUGGAAUUAACACAUUAUUAUGCCUAUUUUUGUUUUGCUGGAUGCAUUAAACAAUGUAACAAGGUUUUCCAAAAUAAAUCAACUCAAGUUAUGGAAAAAAAAAUGCCAACAUGGCACUGCCAUAUUUAUUAUUGAAGUCACGAAGUGCAUUAUUAUUUUUUUAACAUGCCUCAAAACAGCA